AUGAGCUCACGCGACGAGCCCGGAAUCCAGCGACUGGGCAAAUCGCUUGGAUCGUACUGGAAAUCUGACAAAGCCAUCAACGACGUUACGAAUGCAGCAACAUACCUUUCAGAUGUAGCAUAUACGCUUGCAACUCGACGGUCUUUAUUUGAUUAUAGAUCUUUCGUAGUUGCUGAAUCAACGGAAGAGCUUGUGCAAGGUUUGGAGGGACCAUUGCCCCGGUUCAAGCGCUCAACCAAGCAGAAUCGAGUCGCGUUCGUAUUCACUGGACAAGGUGCUCAGUGGGCGGGCAUGGGACGACAGUUGAUCGAAUUUCCCACUUUUGCGGCGAGCGUCGCGAGAAGCAAAGCUUGUCUGGAGUCAUUGCGCUGCCCCUUCGAUGUGGAAACUGAGAUACAACAGACAGAGGGAAGCAAGAUUGAGAGCUCAGAAUACAGUCAGCCGAUAUGCACCGUCGUUCAAAUCGCCUUGGUCGAUUUGCUCCGCGAGUGGGAUAUUAGACCGAAGGCCGUCGUUGGACAUUCGAGCGCUGCUGCAUAUGCAGCCGAAAUACUGUCUCACGAGGACGCUGUCAAGGUCGCUUUUAUCCGAGGCGUCUACUCAGGCAUGGUCUCUCGAGGUCCCAAAGCCGGCGCCAUGUUGGCGGCUGGCAUAUCGGAGGAAGAAGCCGAAGCAUACUUGGCUACCAUGCCCUCUGAAACUGUUGUUACGGCUUGUGUCAAUAGCCCGAAGAGCGUUACGCUCUCGGGAGACGCCGAAUUUGUUGAUAUUCUUGAGCAGAGCAUCGCCAAAGAUGGUAAUUUCGCACGAAAGCUUCGCGUUGUGCCGGCAUACCACUCUCCUCAUAUGCGAAUGGUUGCAGAUGAUUGUCUGCGCGCCAUGGUUGAGGCUGGUGUUGGAGGCGCGAACCAGGAAGCAAAGAUUCCCAUGUUCUAUUCAUUGAUCCCAUUGAGGUUGGCAAGUCGUAUUGGAUCAGAAACAUGUGCGGCACAGUACGAUUUUCGGAAGCCGUCUCCAGUCAACCUUCUCGUUGGGUCGUCAGGGCGCCGUGCUGGACGCAAAGCAACCGUAAAGUGGGAUGCACUCCUUGAAGUUGGGCCUCACGCUGCUUUAAAGGCCCCGUUGGUGCAGAUAAUGGAAAGCAUCGACGCAAAGCUGCCUUCAGAGCUUCUUUAUACUUCUUUGCUGGUUCGAAAAGAAGAUGCUGUCACGACUGCUCUCAAGGCAGUGGGAAGCCUGUGGGCCACUGGCAUUCCAAUUUUGCUUGCCAAGGUCAAUCGGGAACAAGACUUGGUGGAAUCUCCUCAAGUUGUGGUUGAUCUGCCAUCUUAUGCUUGGAAUCAUGAAAGAGUGUACUGGCACGAGACACCAGCAACGAAGGUCUCGCCAAGUACAACCCACGCCGCCUUUGUCAGGCACAGCGCUUGA